AUGUCAGCCACGGAGCAGUUCAAGACGGCAUACAAUGCUUCCGCAGCCACCUAUAACGACUACGGCUCCACGCCUAUCGGCCAACUCGAAUCUCAACUCAUCAAGAUAGCCCUGGGCGACUGCUCUGGGCUCACAGUGCUGGACCUUGGUGGCGGCACAGGUCUGCACGCUCGCGAAGCAGUCGAGCUAGGCGCCUUGAGCGUAGAUGUUAUCGAUGUUUCGCUCGAGAUGCUCAAUGUCGCUCAGGUACUCGGUCAGGGCCCUGCCCAUGUUGAGAAGCUGCGAUACUUCGAGGCAGACGUUUCCAAGCCACUAGAGCACCUAUCCUUGCGACAGGAGAAGUACGAUGUGGUCAUGGCCAACUGGAUCUUCGGUUGUGCGCCGACUCUCGACGUGCUGGAGGGCAUGUUCGCGAACAUUGCAAAGUAUCUCAAGCCCGGUGGGAAAUUCGUGGGUGUGCGGGAUGCCAAUGUGGAAGAAUUGCAGGCUGCGUUCCCGAAGUACGGCGUGUCUGCACGAAACAUCGAGGCGAUUCCAGGAGGCAUCAAGUAUCUUGUCUCGAUCCACACCACACCUACGACGCAAUUCGAGGCGUCGUCGAUGAAUAUCACUCGAUCUGGGUCCACUGCUAUGUACGAGCAAUAUGGGUUGAGGAAUGUUCGAGUGGUGCCUUGCGAACAAGCUGAGGUCGUCAAGGAAGAGCCGGACUUCUGGAAAGACUUCCUGGCAAGUCCAAAUCUAGCCGUGGUGCAAGCAGUGAACAGUAGCUAG